UUAGAAAAAUUAUGUGAACAUCCAAGAGAACCUGUAAAUGGCCAGGUAGUCGGUGUAAAUGGAUCUUUUAUCUUUGGUUCACAAGUUCACUAUUCUUGUAAUGAGGGUUUUCGGUUAAUUGGAAAAAGAAUUGUAUAUUGUGAACUUUCUAAUCAUGACGAAAAUUCAUUGCGUUGGAGUGAUGAUACCCCACUAUGUGCAAAGAUAAUGUGUCCGUCACCUGGAAAAAUACCAAAUGGAAAACAUACCGGUAGUGAGAAGGAUGAAUUUGAAUAUAAUGAAGGGGUAACUUACAGUUGUGAUCCUUCAAGUGGACCAGACGAAUAUUCACUUAUUGGAGAGAGGAGGCUUAUUUGUUCUGGUGAUGGUGUAUGGAGUAGUGACCCUCCUCAGUGUAAAGUCGUCAAAUGUCCAUUUCCAGACCCUGAAAAUGGAAGACUGAUAUCAGGAUUUAGAAAGAAAUAUUACUACAGAACAACAGUCAAAUUCGAAUGCUUACCGGGGUUUUACCACGAGGGCAGCAGCACAGCUGUUUGUGGUAGUAACAGUACUUGGGAGCCCGCACAGCCAAUGUGUCUUAAAGUGCUUACUCCUCUUAGUACCAGUCCUCCGAUUUUGAAUCAUACAGUGUCGACUCCUCCCAGUACAAAACCUCCAAUUUCGAGUGUCUCAGGACCUCCCCCAAGUCCUGGUGAUGAAUCAACACCUGAAGACACUGAGACUUUAGGCAAAGGAAUCACCGCUGUGAUUGUUCUUUCUGUUCUUGCUGGCCUUGUACUACUUGGCUGCAUCCUGUACAGAUUUUAUCGACACAAGAAGAAAGGCACAUACCAAACUGGUGAGAGCCACAGAGAAGUAAAAUUUAAUUCUCUCUGAGAAGAAGAGAUGAGAGAAAGGUUUGCUUUUAUCGUUAAAAGGUAUCGGCUUUGUGUGUUUCUUUUAAGAGAUGUCCUUUCUAGAACAGAAAAUAGUCAGUGAAUAUUUAGAUAUCAAUACUCUGAACUAAGAUAUGUUGGCAGUAAACAUCAAGAGGAUUCCUGUGCCCUUUGCUAAAUUGUUGUUUUUAUACCAUUCCUGUUUUAAAUAACAUGUCCUGGCAGGCGUUUACUUUGACAUAGGCUCCAACUGAGUAAUGUCCCCGUUGUCCUUUUAUCAGAUUGUCAGGCUCCCUCGACCACCUAGUAGUUGUGAAUCCAAAAGUGCAGAAAUUUUUUAGCCCAGUGGGAAAUAAUCAUAGAAUCUGUUCAUUUUAAGUGCAGGGAGGAAAAAGACCCUUUUUCAGAAACCAAAAUAUAUUUUACUUAAUUUUGUAAAAGAAGCAUUCAAAAAAAAAAAUUCAGUUUCAACUUGUAAAUAUUAACUUUAAAGGCACUUACCUGUUUUCCAUGAACAGAAUAUCUUUAAUGUGUGAAAGAGAAACCAACCAAAAAAUCCUUAGAUUUUGAAAAACUAUGAAUUGCAUUGCCUUAGACCCUUUGAGCCUCACUGCCCUCUGUCCUAAUGAAAUGAAUUGGAAGUGUUCCUCCCUUUGUACCAGAAUGUGUGUCUACACAGCUGGGAAGAGAGGAGAUAUGUAUCCCCCUACUUAUAAUGUGAGGUGCUACCCCACAUUAUAGUCAGGAGCUUGGGAGCAGACUACACAGGCCAAUUAGGAAGGGCCAUUUCUUGGUAAAAGCAGAGUGGUGUCUUGGGUCACAGGAGCAAAGGGGAAGAUGGAACAUACCAACCGAAGUGGCAGUAGGGGCCUCCCCAGUCCUGUGAAUCUUCCUGGUCUCUUAGGAUUCCUUUGAGGCUAAAGCCAACCAGGAAGGUAGAUUUCAGUCUGUCGUGAGCUCCAAGGUGUCUGUAAACAUUGGAAGGUCAUAUAAUGGAUGGUGAAGGUAAUAUAAGACAUCUGUAAUUAGUAAUCCAGGGUUAGAUGUUCACCAUCUUUAAACUGCUUCGUUGUUCUAUCAAAUAAGUGUUUCCUAAAAGUUAGGUGAAUCCUUUUUAUCUUUCUCCUCUCUUGGAUUCUAUUUAAAAUUCUAUUAGAAGAAAAGGAUUCCACCACCACACAAACCAAAGAAGUACUGACUCCAAAAAGUAGAAAAAGAUGGCAGUCUCAGAGAAUUCACUGAUAGUCCUAACUCACAAUAUAAAAUGGCUCCCAGUAGUCCUCAGGAAAUUGCUCGAUCACAAGUGUAUUUUUGUGACGGUGGUGGCUCACGUGAUGGUGUCCCCCAGAGAAAGAAGUACUAGGGUAUCCCAAACUGACAUGGUUAGCUGUUAGGUUGGGUAGGCAUCCCUGAAGGGGUCACUGGGCCACGCGGACUGGUGAACCACUGACUCUUCCACGGUGAGUUUUCAUCUGUCCGUUCUAGUCAUUUUACUAAGGCAGGGACUAGACCUGCGUUUUCCAAUUCA